CACGAUUUAGGAGUAAAUUUAAGCAUAUUAUAAUAAAAUUACACAUGUAAAUAUAUGAAAAUGCUCCAUUUACGGCUUAAGUAUUAAGCGCCCAUAUUCUCUGAAAAAGAAAUUCUGAAAAAAAGAUAGAUAAGAAACUAAAAAAGUAUCAAACAUAUCCAGCAAAGGCAAAAAUAUACCUACUCAGUUGCGUUAUAGAAGUCACCAAAAAUAUUAAACCACGCACUCAAAUUUUUAGACAACCAAACCUGGCAAAUAAGUGACUUAGAUAUAGAAAAUUUAUUUAUUGUGUGUAUUAAUUUAUGUAGAUUUAUGUAGUGCAAGUUAAGAAAAAAAAUUUAAAUAGAAAUUGAAAUGGCCUGCAAUUUUUUACCUAACCGGGUACUUGAUAUUAAUAAAAAUUCCGAUACACUUUCGGAAGUCUCAGAAUCUGGUACAGCUACCUCAGAAUGGACUUCGAAUUGGGAUUCCAAAGAAGAAUUAAAGGACCUACUUUCGAAAUUAGGACUGAAAGAAGUAUCCGACUUGCACCAGGACCGGUUUCGCGUGGACAGAAAAAAGUUGGAACAAAUGCUUACAGGUGAUACUGAAGCUCUUAUUCCCGCCGACGUAUUUUUUGCAAAAGUUAUGGAAGAGACGGACACUUAUAUAACUUGGCCAAAUAAAUUGAAGAUUGGGGCAAAAUCAAAAAAAGAUCCUCACGUCAGAAUUGCUGGUCGACCUGAAGAUGUAAAAGCUGCCAAAGAAAGGAUUGUAACGUUGUUAGACACAAGGUGUAACAGAAUUACAAUGAAAAUGGAUGUAAGUUACACGGACCAUUCUCACAUAAUUGGUAAAGGAGGUUUAAGCAUCAAAAGAGUCAUGGAGGAAACUCAAUGCCACGUUCACUUUCCUGAUUCAAAUCGUUCAAAUCCCCUGGAGAAAAGCAACCAAGUAUCUAUUUCUGGUGACAUACACGGAGUCGAAAGUGCUAGAAGUCGUGUUAGAGAAUUAACUCCUUUGAUAUUCGGUUUUGAAUUGCCAAUAACGACUCAAAACAUCGAUCUAACAUCGUCUUAUAUUACCAAGAUUCAAGAACAAUAUAGAGUUCAGGUGAUGUUCAAGACCAGACCGAAACUGCAUGCCACUUUGGUCUUAGUGAAGGGUUUUGAAUGGGAAGUAGACCAAGUAAAGCAAGCUACAAACUUGCUUAUGGAGUAUAUGUGCGAAAAUUUAGCUAGUCAAAUUCCUGUGCAGAUGUCAAUGGAAAUCUCUCCACACCAUCACCCAGUGGUCUUAGGCAAAAACCAUUCUAACUUGAAGCUGAUAAUACAAGAAACCAACUGCCAAAUAAUGUUCCCAGAUGCCAUGGAUCCCAACAUACCAAAUUUAAAAAAAAGUAAUGUGAACAUUUCUGGUAACAUUAACAACAUAUACAGAGCUAGACAAUUGCUGAUAGGGAGCUUACCGUUGAUGAUAAUCUUUGAUUUGCCGGAAGAAUGUACGACUCUGAGGACAAGACAAGAUCAAGUGAUGGCAAUUAUGACUAAUUUUGAAGUGUCGAUUAGUAUAAGAGAGAAAGCUAAACAGAACGCUAGAGCUUGUGUUGUUAAAGGGGUUGAAAAAAAUGCUGAAAACAUUUACAGAGCAAGAAACUACAUUCUGGGCUUAGAUGAAGUUUGCGUCGAAGCUGAUGUCCCGCUAUCUUACCAUCUUCAUUCGGCUCAGCCAGCUUCGCAAGCUUCUCCUAAAGCUUCACAUGCUCCACCAGCUAAUAACAAUGGACAUUCCAUCGUACCAAUGACGCCUACCUGGCAAAAUAACCCAUCGACUCCUACUCCACAAAACAGCGGCCCUCCAUUCGUUGGGAUGGUCCAACGACCUCAGUUUGUUUAUAACGUGUCUCAGCAAUCAAUGGGAAGCAGCGGAUAUCAAUCUAUCAGCCAAUUUACAAAUUCCUCGUUAGGACUCGAACCAACCUGCGAAAUUGAAAACUACUCCACUUCAAGCAAAAACAGUUCAAUUUCCAGCUCUAUGUCUAGUCCAAGAGGUCCGACUUCUCCAUUUCACAGGCCGUUUAACAUGGAACAAGGACAAAAGAAUGAAUUGCCAUCCGUUUUGAAUUUUUCGUCAGGAUACCAUGGACCUUCAGUUGACAGACGACAGGAUAAUUUAACUCCAGCUGAUUUUGAUUCAAAACGACUGGCUGGUUUUAGAGCUAUGCAGAGCAAACCAACCAAUGGUGCUUAUAGACAACCGAACAGCUCUUGGUCGGGUUAUUUUAUUAGCCACACAAGCCCUAAUGCUUUUGCUGAGGUUUUAAAACAAAAAAAGCAUGAAGAAGAAGAAGUCUGGAACGUUCCUUCCAAACGAGAUGAGACGCUUUAUCCCAAUACGGCAGGCACCACUCUAAACAACAGCGAUAUCUUGGAUCACGGCCCCAAUCGCAUUUUGAACAACAUGCUGUCUUCCGAUAUCAAUGAUUUACCAACCCUGUUGAGUUCAGUGGGACUAGACAGAUUUAAUAGUACAUUUACGAAGCACGAAAUCGAUUUGACUGUAUUUUCUACGUUGACUGAUAAAGAUCUUAUGGAGAUUGGCAUCAAUACUUUUGGAGCUCGGAGGAAAAUAUUGCUGCUGAUAUCAGAAUUGAACCAGAGAACUAACUCAUUUUCGGCAGCUCCAGGAGCCGAAAGGAAGAAAUCCUCUCUAACAUCUUCCAGUUCAUCAGCAAGUGAAAAAUGGUAGCAAAAAAUUACUGUAGAUGUUUUUUAAAAUAAUGUUAAUAGCCAUAUAUAUUUUUUGCUCUAAGCAUUGAUUCGUUGUUUAAAAAAAAUCUUUAUUAUUUACAAUAUAUUUAUUUAGACGUAUUUAGGAAUUUAGUAUGUUGAUAAUUAAUUAUUUUAAUAAGUUGGUUUAACUUUGUUAUUUUCUCCGAACUUUUAUCCUUGAAAUUUUGUUUAAGUAGGUAUUAAAAAAAUAAUGCCUUUUAAGUUUUGAAGUCUAUUGGCAGAUUAUUAUAUUAUUUUCAAACUGUUGACCUCAAACAUUUUCAAUCCCAGUUGUAUUUUUUCUAUUAAAAAAUUGCAAGAAAAAUAUGUGAAAAAGAAAACUCAAGUAAAUAAUAAUUUUGGAGAAAUAUGUUUUUAUUAAUAUAUUUAUGUAUACAGUCUCACCGUGAUAUUUUACUUAGAAUUUGAACAAUUUUGGCUUCGAAAAUAAUAAAAAAUAAAUCAGUUGUAACUGUCAACUUUGACGUAUUUUCGAAAAAUUGCAAUAAGUUAUUAUUGUCAAUGUCAUUUUUAUUAUUUUUGAAGCAAAAACUGUAAAUUUGCCUAAACCAAAUUAAUAUAAAAUACCAUGCUAACUUUAAUGAUGACAUUUCACGUAUUAAAAAUAUAUGUAUUUUUUUUUUUUUUUUUCAUAUAUUUUGCAGACAUUUUAGGCAAAAAAUAUGAAAACUCUGAUGACAAAAAUAAUAAAUAUAAAAUUAUAAAAUCGUAUUUUAUAAAAUUUAUAUUUAAAAAUCAAACAUAUAUUUUGUUUUUGUUAUAUCCUAAAAUUGCUGCCAAAAAUCUAUUUAUGAAAAAUCUGAUGAC